AAGGAAAAAGGAAAAAAAAAAAAGGGCGAAAGAAAAAAAGCAAAGGAAAAAAGGCAGAUUGAAAGCAAAAAGCGAUCCUCCACAGCGAACCAGAACCAGAGAAUGGUCCGAUCCUCCCUUUGGCCUGACGUUGGGGAUGCGAGCUGCGCCUGGUUCGCCGAAGAGAGCAUCGCAUCGCCCGAGAAUAGGAUCUCUUCAUAUAUACUCGGCCGUCCUGCCUCUCUGCCACAGAUCUUCCCUUCUCCCUCACCAUAUACUUACACCCUCUACCAACUCCAACUCGACUACCAACGCUGAAUAUAUCAGACUGUCAGCUUGACAGCUAACGUUUCAACUAGCCCUCUCGCCAACCCAAGGAUCCUAGACCCGACUCCGUCCGUCUCAUUUCGUCUCCCUACCCACCUGAAACGCCGCCGAUCGCCCAUACAUCUUUGCUGCUCUCUCUGUGACGGACAACCGGGUGAUAGAGGCCGCUGAGAAACUUCACUCUGCAGGCCCUUGGAAAGUCACUCGGCCGCGCUGCCCUUCGGCAAGAUGGCCGUCGACAAGACCCCAGCUACCAGUCCCAUAAUAACAGCGGGCUCGUCCUCCUCCUCUUCUGAUGUUCUCAAGCCGCGCUCUCCUCUUGACGACCACCGACUCUCGUUCAACCACACCAAGGACCUUCACACUCAUUUAUCAAAACAGGCUUCACACGGAUCUUCCUCUGGUAGGCAAGAUCGAGGGCGUAGCAGAAGCAGAGAGUCAGAGAGAACAGUUGCCCCGGAUAACGACGAGCUUCAGGUCACAGCCAUGCCAUCAGGAUCCGGCUUCCAUAACAUCGAGGAGGCCGGCGAGAAGGCCCGCAAGAGAGACGACUGGAUUGCCAUCUCUAACUUCCACCCAGGGUAAGUCUGAAUCUGUCAUUGAAAAUAUCAAGGACAAAAUCGAGGAGAAAAGAAAAAAAAAAAAAAAAACAGAAUAUACUGACUGACUGGUGAUAGAUGGUUCUCCGUAAACAUGGGCACUGGCAUCACUGCCAUCCUACUCCAAAACCUACCGUACCAGUUCCCCGGCCUUCACUACAUCGCCGUCGUCCUCUUCAUCCUCAACGUAAUCAUCUUCUUCCUCUUCUUGACCAUCUCGAUCACCCGAUACUGCUUAUGGCCCGACAAAUUCAAGGCCAUGCUCGCACAUCCCGCUCAUUCUAUGCUUCUUGGAACCUUCCCCAUGGGUUUCGCCACAAUCAUUAACUGUAUCGUUUUCAUUUGCGUACCUGUCUGGGGUGAAUGGGCCUCCAGAUUUGCCUGGGGUCUGUGGUGGAUUGAUGCCGCCGUAUCAGUCGCCAUCUGCUACUUUGUCCCCUUCAUGCUAAUGACCAAACAUACCUCUUCCCUCGAGACGAUGACGGCGGCCUGGUUGCUCCCCAUCGUGGCUCCCGUUGUCGCGGCCGCCUCUGGAGGUGUGGUUGCUGAUUCACUCCAGAACGACACCCACGCUCUCAUCACCAUCCUCGUCUGCUAUGCCAUGUGGGGAUCUGCCGUCCCCUUGGCCAUGGUCAUCCUCGUCAUCUACUUCCAGCGUCUUGCCAUACACAAGCUGGUUCCUCGAGCAGCCAUUGUCAGUGCCCUACUGCCCAUCGGCCCUCUUGGACAGGGUGGCUUUGGUCUCAUGCAGCUUGGUGUCGUAGCCAAGCGUGUUUUCCCAAGACUUGACUUCCUUGCUCCCAUUGCCGGUGACAUCUUCUAUGUCAUGGGCGCAUUCAUCGCCAUGAUCAUGUGGGGAUUCGGUCUGAUCUGGCUGUGGUUUGCCCUGGCCAGUUUCACCCGCGGAAAGUUCUACUUCAACAUCGGCUGGUGGGCGUUCACUUUCCCGCUCGGUGUUUUCACCACAGCUACCACUCAGAUGGGCAAGGAGUUCAACUCUCCCUUCUUCGACAUUCUCGGAACUGUAAGUCUUGGAGUCCUUAGUUCACAAUCCUGUGUAAUAUUAGAAAAACGCGUACUAACCUUGGGUCUCUCUAGUUCUUCUCUAUUGUUGUUACUUGCAUGUGGGUGCUAGUUUUCGCCUUGACGGUGUAUAAGUCAUGCACCAAGGAGCUCUUCCGAUAGAAUCUUCAUCACUCACCAUCUACGAUCAACUGCCACGACCAUAAACCUCUUUUCCAACCUUCAUGCUUGAUGCUGUCGGCGCUGAAGAGGCCAGGCUUCUCUUCGUUUCUCGUCCUCUCCUAGCUCUUUCUUCUUUUCUCCGCCUUCAAAAAAGCCCACCCAGUUUCCUCUCCUGCACAUAGUACUCCGCCUCGAACUCGCACAUAUACCAUUCUUCGGGAUACCUUUUUUGCCAGCAUCUCUUCGUUUCUUUCAUUCUUUGCAUGAUCUCUCGGUCUUGAGAUCAUCAUCCUUUUCAUCAUCAUCUUUUUUUUAUCUCCUAAUCAUGCGCAAUGCGGUACCGACUUGUGGUUCUUCAACAGGAUAUAUAGACAGCGAGCAUUAAUAUAAACCUCUCAGAUUCAUAUUCUCUUUCCUCGCCGCGGUACUUGGUACCUGUCUUCUCUUGGUAUCUGGUAUCUUGUAGUGAUAAUACUACCUGUGAUCCGCAGUGUUAUUAUUCAGUGAUAUAUUGCUAUCACCGCAGGCAUCGGUGGAAUAACAGGAGUCAACACAGCAUCAAAACUGCGCUCAACAUCAACAACGUCGAGAUGUCAAUAAUCACGACAGCGAAACCCCGCCUUAUAAGCACCGCAAAAAAAGAAAGCUGAAGAGGACGGUGAGCCCAAUGGCGCAUCCAUCCAUGGCCUGGAGGCCAAGAGGCGGCUG